GAUGAAUUGCACAUCGUCCGGUGGAGAGGUACACGCUGCGGGAUAUGUUUGGAAUAUUGGACCGUAUGUAGCUCGUUACCUAAACGGUCGCAACCGAUCUGAAUCUUCCUCUCCCCAAUCCGGCAUGCUGUAUCUGAGAUACGGCAAACAGGAACCAAAUACCGUACGGAUGGAGGACGAUAUAUUUAUUUCCGCGCGCGAGACGAGACUUCCCGACUACUUGAUCUCCCCAUCCGCCUCACCGCCUGGACAAGCAUGAUCUCUCUCUCCUCCUCCUCAUCGUCCCUGUCCGACGUGUCCUCCUCGUCCUCCGCUACGCGUCCCUCCAGUCCCGUGAUUAAGCGCAACGCGCUCUCGUCCUCCACCACGUCCAUGCUAUCCACUUCGCCCUCCUCCAGCAGCCUCUCCUCGGACAGUUCACGCGAUUCGAUCUGCACUCGAGCGAGCCUAUCAUCAUCCGCUGCGUCGUUCGAGUUGGGGUCGGCGGCUAGCAUACGCCGUGGAGAGCAUCUAGCCAUUCUGUUGCCCAAGCGGCUGUGGAAGGUUGAUUCCGAGUCCACGCACUGCGACUCACUGCCAUGUCGCGUUCCUUUCACCCUCUUCGAACGCCGACACCACUGUCGCAAGUGCGGAGGCGUGUUCUGCAGCGCAUGCACGUCCCAGACCACGCCCCUACUUGACACCGCUUCGCUACCGGCACCCACCAUUCCCGAAGACACUGCCGUCUCGGACCUCGCGUCCCCCGAGAGCCCCGUCGUGCAGUGCCGGGUCUGCAUUGACUGCUACGACCAGGUGCACGGCAGGCGCACACCCGAUGAGGAGUACGAGCGGAUGUUGUGCGAGCGCCCGCGGAGAUCCAGCUCCCUGCUAGCCUCGCCGAUUUCCCUCUUCAAAGUCCCUGCAUUCGUGACCCAAUCUGCUCCGUCCUCGCCGCCUCAGAUCCCGGCAGCACUGCCCUCCGUGCACAGGCGCUCCCUGUCGCGGGCAGCCUCCCCGAGACGUCGGACGCGCUUUGCGUCCCUGCCCGUUCCGGAGCGGUCGCUUUCUCCCUUGCGGACAGACUCUCUUCCCUGUACCGGCCUUUCCGCAUAUCCGCUCUCCCUCCCAUCGGCCAUCUGCAAGGCCUCAGGCGGAGGACGUUGGGCGCCGGAGCCGUUUGUGUCUGACCCCAUGCGUAGGCCGCUUGUGCUGGGCAGCCGGGCUCCCUGGGAGACGGAGUGCGAGCGCGCCGAGGAGGAGGAGCGGCAGCGCAAGCGUAGCGUGGUCGUCCAUGUGAAGCUCGGCGAGGCCGAGGUCCGCUAUCGUGUCUGGGGCCAAGACGAUGUGGACGAGGACGCGCCAGAGUCGUUUGAGCGCCCGCGUCUGGCGCUUGCCACCUUCUGAGCAGCGUCGUGUUGUUUCCCCUUGGCCCUAUCCUUAUUGCUGUAUAUUGGUCUCUGUCGUUGUGUCGUCCCUCGUUCUGACUUAUGCCUCUUGCUGUACUGACCCGUCUUGUUGCAUUCACUGUACCACUAGCACGCUCAUAUAUUACCUAUGCCAUAUGGUCCCCUCAUAGUCGUGCCCUAUCGCGCUACCUUCUUCCUCCCGCUGUAUAUACUGCCAUUACUAUCUAGACUAUAAUUCUUUGAACAAUGGGUAUCUGUGUGUUGGCUUUGGAACUGUUCGUGCAUGAGUUCUCUUCGCGGGCCUGCGCGCACUGCAUUUCGUCAAGACCUGUCUUUCAUUCACCCGGCCCCUAUUACCGAGAUCGGUCGCAUUCGGCGCAGCUGUGUUUUCGUCGCGGCCAUGCUUACUCCGGCGCAGACUAAACGAACUCCCGAGCCGGGCGCAGAUCGACCCCCCGGCUGGCCGAACGCCGCCGAGCCCGGCUCGCGUGCAGCCAGCGACUCCACGUGGGGGUGCGUGAUGCGCUGCUGCUGACAUCUGACAUGAACGGAUUAUCCCCCCGCCACGCGCUGCCGUUUGAAAUGGACUCGGCUCUAAUUGAUUCCAUCGCGCGACUGUUCAGGCUAUGUAAUGGAUGCAGGGUGCGCCGUGUGUCCGUGUGUCCGCGUUUGAGGCACCGUGCAUGCGGUGGAUGGGUUUAUGGUUGUUUCCCGGGGAUGGAGGAGCCGGAUUGGUUUUCGCGUGACCGAUGCAAUUACUGAGGAUCCAAUGUAUGGCAUGGCCGACCGUUCGGGGGGUGUUCCUGACUUGAAGGCUGGCUGAAGGAUCAUCGUGUCCACAAACAAACGCGUGAUGCGCUUGCGGAUCGUCGGGCGAUCUGUGUCGAUUAUGCAGACACCUCUCGACGAAUGGCGUUUCAGGUGUACACAAGCAUGCAUGUAUCGGCGCGGGAGAGGUUGUUGGAACCCGGUUUGACGAGCUUGCUUACUCUAAGGGAUGGUAUCAUGAGCGAAAGAGUAGAUUCACAAUCUGUGUCCCAAAGGGUCAAGGGCAGAACGUUCUCUGUCCACCACGCGGUCCUGAGCUAAUACGUUGGCGCUUCACCAUGUAAGCUGUUUAGGCAUGGGACAAGAUGACCUCAGAUGAGAAACAGGAUCGUCGGUAAAACUGUCAGCAGGACAUCUAUCCCCGACGUGGAAAAUGAAAGCCCCCACAGGUCAUUUGCAGAUUUAGUCCAGAGUAGAAGCCGCCACCAUUGAAAACUUCCGACUGGGACAGUGAACGCAUAAAAUGUUGCUGGAUUGUCAUCCACUUCGGCGACACCGAAGAGCCUAGAAGCAAGGACUGUGGGCACGUCUUGAUAGGUUUUGACGAGUGAGCAGCAUCCGAGUUCUGCAAAAGAAAUAUCGCCGGUCACUCAAGUUGAGUUCGUCAUUCUUCUCGUCGCACGAGCACCCGCGAGCCUUGGCACACUCUGGACUUCCACAUCACCGAAGUUCUUGCGGAUUUUCCGCUUUCUCAAGGAAACUUCCCCCAGUUCUCAGCGCGAGUCUCAAGAGACUCUGCAUGUGAUUAGCGGAAGCAGAUUCGAUGCGAAUCCAGGGACUUCUUUUGCUUUCGACCUGCGCGGCUUCGUCGCUAGGGCUAGGGAAAGAUGCGAUUUGCUGGGCGUCGGGCAACAUAUUAAAAGAUCAUGGACGUCAGCACUCAGCUACUGGGCACCGGGGCGGGAGGGCCGGAUGCUUCACACGAUUGCUUUAUACGACCUGAAGAUGGACUAGCCUGCUUUGUUGGUCCCAGUGGUUGGUACCGUCCGGCUAGGGACUGGUCGUACGACAUCACCAGUAGCCGGUGUGAUAAUAUAUGCGCACUUGUUUCUGGAACAACGGCUGAGCAGCACGGUCGUAAGCGCCCCUGUUGCGCAACGUGCACACACUCGCAAAGCGCUGUGUGGGGUCGUCCUUGCCGGAUAUGGAUCGUGGCAUCAGACAUGAGCUCGGCAGUGGCCAAGGCACGACGGCGGCGGAGCCCGCUCUUGACGACCGGCCAUACGCACCACCCUCUGCCAGCAGCUUCAAAUUCCGCAAGUCUCCGCCGCGAGGCUUGUCGAUCGCACUAAGCGGCGAUGAUAGCGACAUCGUGUCGAUUCCAAUCGCGCGCUGCACUCUGUUCGGGGGGCUUGAUCAAGUACCGAGAUGAAUCGCAGAGUUUCACAAGGCAGGUAGGUCAAAAACGAGGCUGAUAUUCGAACCAUGCAGCGGUCCUUCGAGCUGGCAGUCAUGGUCGAAUGCAAAGAAGCACCUGCCACCCAGUUGUAGCGGACAUCUGAAUUUGAUGGAAAGCUGGCACCGCCACACCAUCAGCUGCAAACAUCGCGUGCCGACUUUUUGCAAGUUUCUGAAUCUCUUGAUGCUGCGUUUGGGACGAAGGGUGUGGGCUGGCUCCCUGCGCAAAAAGAAUUCACUUCACUGUGCGAAUGAACUCCUGCUAAACAAGACUGGGGUACCGGCGCUGAGCCGAAGCGCUGCCACCACAUCCACGUCGUCAGCCUCCACCAAGGGCGCACCCCCACCUCCCCGCAAGGCAGCCUCUCCCUCGUCGAAACGCACCCUCGGCCUGAAACCGCGCCCCGCCGCUGCCGACGCGGGCGAAGAGCGCACGCCCCAUGCCCCGAAACAACCCCUCCACGGCCGCCUGACGAAAAAAUCCCGUCCCCGGAAACUCACGCCUUGGGUUCGCCCUGCGAGACCCCGGGGGCCCACGCUGCGCUCGCGCUCACGCCGAGAGGCCCGCCAAGCGCGCCUAGGCGCGGUGUUCGCGGACCCACGCGCGCGCGUUGCCCGCUACCGGCUGGGCUUCCACGUCCUGCACCACGCGCAGCCGCUCAAGCCGCUGCGCCGGGGGCGCCUCAGCCGCGAAAUACGUGCGAAGAUCGAGGAGCGGGGAGACCUGCAGUCGCGGCGGAACAGGAAGCGUUAUGGACGACCGGACAUUUCGCUGAAGCACCCGAAGCGUUGGAAUCCGCCGCUGCCUGCGGGGGUCUUGCCGGCGUAUGACGAGGCGCUGAAGGUCAUCCGAGCGGAUGCGUAUCAGUUGAGGACCAAGGCUCAAGCGCAGCGCAAGGAGGUGGCGCGUUUGCACAAGAUUUUGUGUGGAGAGCUUGAGGGUGUCGAGCCUGUCGUCGGGGAGGCACGGAUCGCUUUGGAGCAGGAGCUCGAGAAGAUGCGGGAAAUGCUCCACAUCUUGGAUGUCCAAAGCGAGGUCAACCUUCCGGAGGUUCGUUGGAGUGUUGCGAAUGCCAUGACCGACAUGACCAUCCCAUCGCACAGACAUCUCCUGGAGCAGCGUUGGCGCUCGGAGGGUGAUCUGGAUCUUCUCAUGGAGCGGGUACACCAAAUGAACGUCAUCCCCGAUGCUCUCCCUGUCAUGCACCCCACCGUCGACCUCCACCUGACUGCUCCCCUGAUGCAGGAGCACUUUGACAAGCUCAUGCGACGCAACCGUGGCCCGUCCGGUCUUCCCCGGCGCAUGAACACUUUCAAAGAUGUGAUCCCGGGCAACUACCUGGUUCCGAAACAGACGCGUGAACCGCCCAAGAUGUACGCCAACGUCUUCCAUACGGAUGUGCGGUUGUACACGAUGUUAAUGGUGGAUCUGGACGUCCCGGACCCAGAGAAUCAGACAUACACCACCUUCUUGCAUUGGAUGAAGCCGAAUAUCCCCUUGUCUGCUACCCACGCUGGUCGCAUUCCGUUCCUGAACACUCACACGCAAUACGUACCGCCCCAUCCGCAGAAGGGCACGCCGUACCACCGUUAUGUGACGCUUCUGUUGCCCCAUCCGCCGAUGGAGGGUUUCAAGUAUAAUCGCAACACAGAGGCUCUGAUGACCGAGAAGCAAGCCGCUCUCAGCCAGAGUCUGACGCUGAGUGCCGCUGAGCGUGAGCGGGCUGCGAAAACGGUCGCCGCUGUCUCCGCUGCGGUCCCGAAUGUGACGCGUCGCGCUUUCGCGCACCGCCCGACGCACCCGAACGCCCGGAUCUCACUCCACUAUCAGCUUGCGAACUUUACGACGAUCUCGCAAGAACUGGAUAUUCCCGUCGUGCCGAUGGACGCGCGUGUUGGGUUUGAUAUCCGUGCGUUCGUGAAAGAGUGGGGAAUGAACGCCGCGAUGGGUGGCGGAAUGCAUAUGUUCCGGGAGGUGUGGGAUACUUAUGUCUCGGGCAUCUACAAAUACACUCUGCAGGAGGCGCAGCCCGAGUUUGGUCGGCCGCGACGCAUCAAUCCCAAUCGGAAAGAUCCUGCGGUCGAGCAGCGCCCCAAAUACCGCAUCGAUGCAUAGAAGUACUAGCCAGAAUCUUAUCUAAUCUACGCAAUUUGCCGUUCCCCGGUCUUGAGUAAGCACGGGUCUGUUUCGCGAGAACGCUUCAAGCGACUGACUCGCACGGUGACAUCUGGGCAUCUUUCGGCAGCGAGACUUGAUAUUUCGGGGGUCGCUUCUGCUCAAGGAGCCGUGGCUUAUCCGGAGCCAUCUCCAGAUCCUGGGGAUUCGGGCUUUGCGAUCUCCUGUUCUUCCUUAUAGGUCCAUCUGGGUACCGGUGCUGCUUAGUCGCAGUGGUAAUAGUGGUAGUGGUCCUCCUGCCGCCAUCUCCCGGGCCCCUCAAGCCACGCUGCAACCCGCAUCUCUCGCACCUGGGCUGAGAGAUGGAUGGCGAUGGCUAUCCUCGUCUCCGCGCCCGUCUUCGAUGCUUGGGGCUUGUGUUAAUCAGUCCUCGGGCAUCGCCUUGCGCAAAUGCCGAUGUAGACAGCGGGAAGCCAUCUCUUGUUGCAGCCCUGUUAUCUCCUCUGCCUCGACGGCGAUCAAGGACAUGAGGCGGCGCUGGGUGAGCUUAGAACACGGUUCUAGUCUGAGUAUCCCGGUGGGAGAGCCCACUGCGCCCGAUCUGCACAAGCGGCCGUUCAUGAAUCCAUCUGUGAUAUCUACUGAUGAGAACCAGAAAGCAAGCACACGUUGCCGGAAUACGCCGAGGAGGGGGAGGGGCCACUGGCAGACCGGGGAUGGGAGGGACAUGGGGUCGAUGCGCGCGCCUCGAGGCAGCGCCGCCGCAUGCUCCCGGGGCCUUCGCGCGAGAUCCGGAGACACGCCGUGUGUGCCAAGGAUGCGUGGAAUGCCUCCGACGGUGAUUGCGCCCCGCUGUUCAUCAUGAUUCGUGACAGCGACAACCCGCGCGAGAUGGGAAGGGGAGGUGCACUUCCGUCCUUCCUUCCUCCGAUGGCGUGGACAGCGGGCGCCUUGGGCUGCUAUGUUUAUUUGUCGCGGCCCAUUCGUGGAUGUGCGCUUCGCACGCCCGGACAUCAGAAGCUGCGGCGUGACAGCUGCGCGACUUGCCGCUGAUGGUGCGAGGGCCACACACCCACCACCCAGGUUCCUUUUUGGGACGUGGGAGUAGUGGUAGCGCGUUGGGCGCCGCUGCCAUUGAUCUCCGCGGAGACAUUGAAGGCACACGCCGCUGUCUGAUGCCAGCAGAGGAGAGAACGAAGUAUGUCAGCACCAGCAGCAGCAGCGAUAUUGGGGCAACUAGCACUUACGCUGGAAGAACGACGCGGGGGCUUCCUCGCUGUUGGCAGGGCGAUGAGUCCUGGCGAAGUACACACCGGCGAUCUUCCUUUCAUUUGGGGGAAUGUAAUUUCUGGCGCCAAAAUCGCGCAACGGGGCACAAGACCUGCUGCGAGCGGGACCGAUGCGGUUCCUUGCUUUCUGUGGAAUGCGGGGAAGCCCUCGGAUGUGUCGACGACGAGGAAGACAGAAUGAACGACCAGACCAACAUGUGUUUGCGGAUCUCUUCGACGAACAGGCAUGCCCGAGGAUGUGUUCCUGGUGCAUAGGAUGUUACAUACCAGUCCAAAUAACCCAUGGACUAGAAGGCCGGGCACCUGGCACUCCAUUGGCGGGCGGGCUGGAAGAGGAAGGGAAAGAAGACAGAAGAUAUAUUCUAGGAAAUCCACAACCAAUAUCGUUCAGCGACCCCAAGAAGCAUCUCAUACCCCACUUCGUCAACGACGACUUCGCGGUCAGCGACACCUGGCAGCCCAUCGUCGGCCGCGCGGUCCGAGUUGAUUCCCUGUUGGGCGGCGGGGGCACUAUUACACGCAGACGUCGCUGUCCCUCCAGCGCGACAUCGGGCAAGCACCCGGGACAGCCCGUCAGCAAUCCGGUCUUCCCCAGCCCCAUCGAACGCGGCCCGCGCGGCCGACUGGGUAGAGGAAGACGCGCAGGAAGAAGAAGAGGAAGAAGCACCGGCUCCUGGGGCUGGCACUGAACCUGGCUCGGAUUUGGGAGCGAAGAGAAUAUGCAGCACCGCGCACAGAUACCACAGCGCGUCCCGCCGCGCGAGCGAAUCUACCCGCGCGUCGUGCGACGUCCAGGUCCCUGGGUUCGCGGACAGGCCGUCAGGAAACAGCUUUUCCAGCUCGCACACGCUCUUCAGGGCGAGCGCAGCGCGGAGAUCGCGGGACUCGCCGGGCGCGAGCGGUGACAGCGGCGAGAACGCGGACUGGAACAGAUGCAGCAGAUCGGGGCGCGGAUCCGCUGCUGGAAGAGGCAGCGGUUGCUUAGCCGAUGUGGAUUUGCUGGAGAACAGCGAUUUGAGAUAGCAUCGACAGAGCGGGAUGAGAGAUUCGAUGGCCGGAUGGAAGAUGGAUAAGAUGAGAGCAUCGAUGAGUUCGUGGGUGUGGGAUGAGGCGGGUGCGGGCCGGCCUGUCUUCCUGGGCUUGUGCCGGCACAGGACAGGAAACGCGUGCGAGACGAGGUGGUGCGUGAGAGUGCUCAGCGUCUGUAGUAUCGCUGCAGAUGGUAACACGGGUGAUCGCAGCAGAGGGUGGAGCACAGCAGCUAGAGAAGAGAUUGCACGAAGAGAGAUCGAGCACACAAGUGCGCGCUGCUCCGCCGUUGGGUCGAGCGCGUUGUCGGACGCGUUCACGGCAAUGAUCACCCGCUCAAACGCAGAGAGUGCAGAGAAGAGUGUCGAGGAGUGGGGGAGGGCGACGAUGUCAGGAUGGCUUUCGAGAACAGCCUGCAGAUCGACGCGUGUCGGGGGCUCGAUUUUGGUAUCGCUACCAGCCUUCUUUUUGGGCUUGCGUUUCGGUUGGCUCGUUGGAGCGGCGGAAUGGGUGGCGUCGGCAACGGGUGGCGCCUGCGGCGGUGGCGCAACCGUUUCUUCAACCAAGUCAGUGCCGUUGCUCCAACACGUUCGUCAAGCCACACACUGAUUCUCUCGACGUCCAACUCGGCCUUCACACGCGCGAGCUCCUUCUCCAGCGCGAGUGCAUGAUUCCGCCACGACCCGUCCGACGUGGGUGCGGCAGGCUCAGAGGGUGGGAAGAUCGACUGUAGAUGUAGGACAUAGGCUUGAAUGGGCGUGAGUCUCCGAGGACAUGUGACCGAGUCUCCGAAAAACGCACAGGCACACGAUUGGUCGGGGGGUUUGAAUUUCAGCGCGACCAGGGCCUGGGGAGGACACUUCAGUCACGAUAGGCUUUGGUAUUUUCUCGUUGCAUACCACGGCUAUUCGCAUCCUGUCCGCGUCUGAAUGUAGAUAAUUGGGCAUAGAGGAAGGGGUACCAGAUUUGAACUGAUCGGGCCAUUGUCACCAUUUGAUCCGGCUUUGGAAAGGGAAACAACUGUUCCGGAAGCCCAAAUGACGUUGAAAUAGAGGACUUGCACUGAACUGGGGAUAUAUCAAACACAGAUAAGAAUUGAUUCUUGUCUGGCUGAGAAAGGCAGUGUGCUAUGAUUGCGUGAGACGGAUCCAAUUUGCUAUAUCUGCAAUCUGUUUCUCCUUUGCUCGAAUGUUGAACAAUUGUGAUGAUCUUUAAUCACAGAUUAAUCCUUCAUGUGCCAGAUUGAAGUGCUGGGGCAGUUCAAGAUAGAUCAUGAAACGCUAGACAUGCUUCGUUUGUUCGCAUUUGACAUCCAGGUUAUUUCGAAUACAUGUUCACAUGUCUACAUGACACAAGAUGCGUCCCUGUCUGCUUUCGUCAGAGGCUGACUUUCUUGAGCCUCACUCGAGGUGCGCCGGGACGUCAUCAAAUUCAUGGGAAGAGGCUGCUGCUGCUGUGGUAUCGCUUUUUGUCGAGAGCCACGGC